UAGUGAUGACCUGAGAGUACUACCUUGGCCAGAUAGUGACUUGCUGAGAGUAACUUGGCCAUAUAGUGAAGACCUGAGAGUACUACCUUGGCCAGAUAGUGAUGACCUGAGAGUACUACCUUGGCCAGAUAGUGACUUGCUGAGAGUAACUUGGCCAGAUAGUGAAGACCUGAGAGUACUACCUUGGCCAGAUAGUGACUUCCUGAGAGUAACUUGGCCAGAUAGUGACAUCCUGAGAGUAACUUGGCCAGAUAGGGAUGACCUGAGAGUACUACCUUGGCCAGAUAGUGACUUCCUGAGAGUAACUUGGCCAGAUAGUGACUACCUGAGAGUACUACCUUGGCCAGAUAGUGACGACCUGUGAGUAACUUAGCCAGAUAGUGACUUCCUGAGAGUAACUUGGACAGAUAUUGACUUCAUGAGAGUAACUUGGCCAGAUAGUGACUUCCUGAGAGUAACUUGGCCAGAUAGUGACUUCCUGAGAGUAACUUGGCCAGAUAGUGACGACCUGAGAGUACUCCCAUGGCAAGAUAGUGACUUCCUGAGAGUAACUUGGCCAGAUAGUGACGAUCUGAGAGUAGUCCCUAACUGUCUUCCUGUAUUCUAUGUAUGCUUCAUACUUCUUCUGUAUCACUAGUUAACAUUAAACAUGUCAUAACCUGUCUGCCUUGUUAAUUUAUUUUGUGAUGAUAUUGUAUGUGACCAGUUAUGUCCCAUUAAAGAGUGUUUUUAUUCUCUGGGGACAUAUAUACAGUAAAUAUAUAAAUAAGAAAUGAAUCAGCUAUCCCAAAAGUCUCUUUGUUCCUCCAACAUCCAUUGGACUGAGAGUUUGAUCUCUUACUCUUUCUCUCUGUCCCCCCCCCCUCUCAAUUCAAUUCUCUCUCUGUUCCCCCUUUGUCUCUCUGCCCCUUCCCUCUCUCUGCCCCUCUCCCCUCUCUCUCUCUCUCCUCAGUUCUCCCAGGUGCAGCAGGUGAUAGGGUUGUUAGGACUAUACAGAGGAAGUAGUCAUUGUGUUGGAGUGUGCUUUGUGAUUAAUCUCUAAUCACACACACACACACACACAGAGAGAGAGAAACAUACACCAGGGAUGUGGACAUACUGAUCCUCAAGUGAUAUCUGCUAGUUUCGAAUUAGUGUCCAGAAUUAGUUCCAUCCCGAGUGUUCUGCAGUCAUCUUUGAGAUCCAGUCUGAGUGUUCUAGAGUUGCCUUAGUGUUCUGAGUGUUCUAGAGUUGCCUUAGUGUUUUUGAGUGUUCUAGAAUGGUCUUCACCCCACACUGGAAAUACGGGAGGGGACUGGACAGUGCGCAGCUCCUGCCGUGACGACACCUCUAGGUGACUCAACAGGUAGUAUUAUCAGUAUGAACAUCAGUACCAGUGAUAGUUGUGAUGCAUUCCAACUCUCCAGUAGCCACGUCCACGUCCCCAGUAUUACUUGGCCCUACAUCGCCGCUGAGCUGCUCAUCGCUCUCCUCGCUAUCGCUGGGAAUUUCCUGGUCUGUCUGGCCGUGAACCGAAACCGGAAGCUACGCACCGUCACCAACUACUUCCUGGUGUCGCUUUCUGUGGCCGACAUCUUUGUGGGCGUGCUGGCGAUCCCGUGUGCCGUGUUGACCGACUUGGGCCAGCCGCGCCACAACCUGCCUCUGUGUCUGCUCCUCCUGAGCGUGCUCAUCGUGCUAACCCAGAGCUCCAUCCUCAGCCUGCUAGCGGUAGCCGCAGAGCGCUACGUGGCCAUCCUGCUGCCGCUCCAGUACCAGAGGAUCGUGAGCCCCAGGAACGCCCGGCUGGCCCUGAUCCUCACCUGGUGUCUGGCCCUACUCUCUGGUUCCAUCCCUCUGAUGGGCUGGCACGGAUCACUGCCACCUUCUGGGGCCUGUCUCUUCCCCUGUGUGGUCAAUUUGAGUUAUAUGGUCUACUUCAACUUCUUGGGCGGGGUGCUGGUUCCCCUGGUGGUCAUGUUUAUCAUCUACAGUCACAUCUUCCUCACGGUCCGACAGCAGCUCAGACGCAUCGCAGCCGGGAGGGGACCAGCCAGACCUGAUACCAGGGAUGGAGAGAUGGGACCAGCCAGACCUGAUACCAGGGAGGGAGAGAUGGGACCAGCCAGGUCUGAUACCAGGGAUGGAGAGAGGGGACCAGCCAGGUCUGAUACCAGGGAUGGAGAGAUGGGACCAGCCAGGUCUGAUACCAGGGAUGGAGAGAUGGGACCAGCCAGCCAGACCUGA